CGCAGCAGCAGCCGCAAGUCGUCGCGCGCUUCCUUUUUUUUUCUCUCCUAUAAUUCUUGCACCGCCCGAUCAUAUUCACUUUCCCACUUUCGUUAUCCGCGCGCACUAAGUAAUCAACGCAACUAAUUAAUUGUCAUUUGGACUUUCAGUGCGUUUCCCUCCGGUGCUUCUCAAUUCGCCAAGAAGACUUUGAACAAGCAAAAGUGUAAGAAAGAGCGUUCGAUCCAGUAGAACUGAGCGCAAAAGAUGCGAUAAGAUGGGCCUCCGGUUCGACAAGUGGAGUCUGCUGAAGAUCUUCGAAGUGGCUUUCGCUACAUCCUGUUUGAUCACGAAGAGGGUGACCGACGAUGAAGCGGCCAGCGUUUUCCUGUACCUGCAGAGGUUGUCCAGGGAGUGGAGCCUGCUGAACAACGUGACGUGGGGGAAGGUGGGAUCCGCAGUAGCUGACGCCACCUAUGGAGGGUAUCUGAUCAUAACGUGCGCGCUUCUCGUGGGACGGCUCGUCGGGGAAUUGCCUACGCAGAAGAGGGUCGUGGAGAUCAUCCUCUUGGGCAUCGGCGCCAUCCUCUUCGUCGUUUUAGGGAGUUUAGAGUUUGCGUCGUUGGACUCUGUUCCCCCAGAUCUGAUCGACAACGCCGCAAUUCUAGGAACUUUGUCUUUGACGACCGGAGCGCUCUUCCUGCUGGACUUGGCAGGACCUAGGGCUAAAGCAAUGCCAAAUGGAAUCGAUCUUCACCAGCAGCAGCAACAGCAGCAGCCGAGAAGCAUAACGCGCGCCCUGGAAAUUCACAAGAUGAAAUCGAGAGGUGAACCUUUCGACUUGGAGCCAGAGUUUGCGCGUGUGGAGAACGAACGCAACGGGAGGAUCAAAGAGGUGGAGGAGAGCGCGAAGAGGUUCGACAUAUACGGGAAGGAUGUGGAGAUGGAGGAGAAAAAGGUGGAGGAGCAGUUGGAAGAUGCGAGACCGCAGAAGGCGGAACCGGAAGAGCAUUCUCCCGUCUGGAGUAAAAUCCAGCAGGGGCAUUACGGAAAGUACGACGUUGUCGCGCCGCACUUUCUAUACCCGACGACCAAAGAACCGGAAGCCUCGGAUGGCGGUGCGACGUUGCCGAGCAGUCCCGGGGAACCCGGAUACGUUCAGUACACGGCCAAGAGAUGGGGGUUGCGUCCGGUCGCGGUUAGGCCGAUCACCAGGCAGAGCCCCACGCAAGUUUAAAGGCCGCACAAACAACACACUUUUAUCUUGAAUUAUAAAAAAUAUAUAUUUUAUCGUUAACAGAA